AUGCUCCGCGACGAGCUUCUCCGGUCUAAGAACGAUGAGAUCGCAAACUGUUUGUUGUCGCGCAAGCGAAAACUGACCGAGUUGUAUUAUGCGACCGUGGGUUUUGAGGGCGCGACCGCCGACGCUCUUUACCAGCGAAAGGAACAGGCUUUCCUUGAGGCCAACGACCUCUCCAAAGGUCGUUACUUCGACGAAGCUACUCUACCAUCGCCAAACCAUGCGCGCGCACGUUCUCCAAGCAUAAAACCUGUCGCAUCUGCCGUCUCAGACUCUAAGGAUCAUCCUGCCGCUGGGAUUAAGUCUCCACCGACUGUAGUCGACACCAUCCUACCGUCCGCAUCCGCAGCCAGUCCGCAGGCGAAACCCGUAUUAUCUCAACCCGGAGUCGCAUCAUCUGCAAAAGAUGAACUGGCUUCUUCUGUGUCUGUAAUUAUACCGAAGGCUUCUCAGGGUGCGGAUGUAUCGACGCCGACAGCGCAAUCCAAGCAAGUCGGCGACCAAAAGGCAAGCGCAUCAGUGCCACAGAUUCCGUUUGGCUCCCAAAUCCGCGAUGGAGCAGAAGCCAAGAUCUCCUCCGGCGCAGCGAGAUCUGAAGCGACGAACGCGACACCCUCGCUCGAUAUUCCUAAAUCUCUUCCACAAAAUAAACACGACUCCCGACCUUCUCAUACUCUAGGCCCCUCAAACACCGAACAACCUCUCUCACCCGCUUCAUCUAUCGACCCCUACUCGAAUAAUACACCUGUUCCCAUUGCAGCUUCACCUGACACGAGCCCCGGCGAGGAAGUGACCGAUGUGGGUCAAAUUGAUCGCUCGAGUCUGAAACAAAUCAGAUCUGUGCGCCCGCGUCCCGGCUUGGUUCCUGCGACCCCGGACGAACAAUUGCGGCUGGAGGAAGCACAGUCUUUGAAGCAGAAGACCGGGGAGAGUGUGACUGACACCGGGUUCCCUUCGUCGAACGAAGUCAUUCAGGAGAGUGUUGGUCCUGGGGCUGACAGGGAUGAAAUGGAUGUUGACAAAGAACCUGCUGCCGGGGACACUGAGUCUAAACUUCCCGAUGGAAAGGCAAGCUUGUUGCCAACCGAGCAAUUGUCUGAAGGGGUCCAGUCCAACGGUGAUUCCUUCGAGACACCUCAUAAGAAGCCCGUCGCUAUCCCGUCCAUUCACCCUAGCUCCACACAACCGGAACGCAUGACUACUCGAGUUUCCUCCGGAGCCAUUCGACACAAGUCCGUUUCCGAAAUUCUCGGGGAGACACCGAAAGCCUUGACUCACGACCGAAGCCAUGGCGACGAGACACCCGACAGCGUUGCGCGGAUGCGCUUCAAGGAUCGCAAAGACAGAGAGAAGGAAAGAACUAGGCUCUCGACCGUUGUGUUCCCAAAGCAAACCCCGAUGCAGCAAGAAAAGGCGGAUUCAUUGGAUCUUGUACACCGGGACGCCAGCGAUGCCGUCUCGAAGAUGAAUGAGGAGCAGGACUAUCUGUUCACUCUGUUUUUGAACAGGGCAUAUGCUCCACCUCGGGGCAGCCAUCUCAACACCCUUCUCACAUCCGCCCACAAGACUUUGUCAACCUCAAAUCAUCUCCUCGAAUACCAAGAGCAAAUGGACUGCCGUACCCUGCGCCGAAUCUAUGCACUUCAAAAUGCGAAUCGCUGGCCACUUCGCCAGAUGAAACGAUCAAUGGAACCUCCUCGUCAGGGAUGCCAUUGGGAUGUUCUUAUUGAUCACAUGAAAUGGAUGCGGACGGAUUUCCGCGAAGAGCGAAAAUGGAAGAUUGCCGCGGCGAAGAGUUGUGCUGAUUGGUGCUCAGAGUACGUCAACAGCGACCAAGAACAUAAAGCGCUGCUUCGCGUGCAUGUGAAGAUUCCUACACCGAUUACCGCAGCUCAGGAUUCCCUAAAGAGUGCGGCUUCUCCAUCCGAGGAUACCGGCGACGAGGCUGUUGUCGCAUCUCAUCCCACACCUGAUCUAGUUCCAUCUGCCGAGGAGGAAUCGGUCAGCGAUGGUUUUAAUGAAGAGCCGCGCCAUGAUUUGCAUGAUACGGUCGCCCCUGCGGCUAUCUUCUCCCUGGGUUCCGACGAGUUUAACUUUUCAAUCGACAUGACCGCCGCUGCCGAGAAGUUGCUAGAUGAACUCCCACUUUACGAACCAGUCCGCAUCGCUCCGGAGACCCAAACGCCAAAAUUUAAGCAACCCCCAGAUUCUGUUUGGAAAACAGAGCUUCUCCCGGUAUCGAAGUUUGCCUCCGCCAAGAUUUCUUUCCACGAUGAUGAGCGUCCUCGCAAACGAAGCCGAUAUGACUAUUCUCAGUAUACUUCGGGCUUGGAUAAUUGUAUCACCGAGAUUCCUCCAGAGCAGACUAAUGUGGCUCUCUUCCGACCCGAGAACAAACAAAUUCGUGACCGCAUUCAUCCCGGUCAUUCGUUCCGACCUCCAACCGAGCACCCGAUGCCGUCAGUUGGAUUUUUCGAAUGUCGACAGUCGUCACAGUGGACCAUGGCAGAGGAUGAUGAACUUCGCCGUCUGGUCAAAGAGUACUCUUAUAAUUGGUCCCUAAUCUCCAGCUGUCUGACUUCUCCAUCGAUAUUCACAUCUGGAGCUGAGAGACGGACCCCUUGGGAAUGCUUUGAGCGUUGGGUGGGACUUGAGGGUCUUCCGGCAGACAUGUCCAAGACGCAAUACUUCCGAGCCUAUCACCAGCGACUUGAGACGGCUCAGCGAACCGUGCUGGCACAACAACAGGCUGCCCAACAGCAACAGCAACAGGCCGCUAACAAUGGCCAAGUUCAACAGCAUAUUCGCCGUCGGACUACUCAGCCUCUGCGUGUGGACCGAAGGAGAUCUUCUAGACACCUUGCGUUGCUUGAUGCUAUGCGUAAGCUGGCCAAAAAGCGUGAGACCAUGCUGCAAAAGCAACAACAUGCUUCUCAUCUUGCCUCUUUGAGGAAGGCCAACGAAGCUAAUCAGCCCAAACCCCCCUAUCUCCAUGAGCGAGAACAGAAGUUGCAGGAGCGCCAAGAGCAAUACCGCCAGCAGAUGAUCGCUCAGCAGCGAGCUAAUCUCAACGCUCAGCGUGCUGGUCAGAUGGCAAGUCAGCAACAACCACAGCAGCCACAGCAAAUGAUGAAUGCUCAGGGUCGAACUCCCGGCAACAUGCCUUCGAAUUCUACCAACGUGGCUAUCCCUAACGGCACCCCCCAUGGGGUGGCUAGUAGUAUCCAGACAGGUGUGAGCCUCAAUCAAAACCGCACACAGCCUAUGCAGGGCCUACCGGCUGGUGCUACGCCUGUUAAUGGUCAAAUGCAAAAUAACGCCAUAGCCAUGAAAAUAAUGCCCCAAGGUCAAAUGCAACCGGGUCUUGGUGCGAGGCCCACGCUGCCCGUGCAGACCUCCCCGGAGAAUGAUCGGAUUGUGCGAGAAGCCACCCGACUGCAGGAACAGCAGCGUGCUCUGCAAUCACGACAGCAGACCCAAGUGCCUCAGCAAUCAGGCCAGCCUCAGCAAGCUACUCAGCAGUUCCAUAACCAGCAGUUUGCGCAAGGCUCCUCGAACCUCAAUAUGCCGAACGGCCCUAAUAAUCCUGCUAUCAUCGCAGCCAUGCAAGCCCAAGGAGGAAUGCAAAGCUCUUCGUUCCACAGUGGGACACCACAAGGUGUCUCGACCCCGUCGCCUCGCAUGGCCCAACCCAACCCUCUCUCGAGCGGUGUUGUUCCGACCAUCAGCACCUACCAAAACCAAAUUCAACAGGCCAACCCAAAUUUGCCUUUGGAACAGGUGAACAAGAUGGCCACGGAUCGCCUCAACGCGUAUCGACAGCAGCGCAGCAUCUCCCAACAAGCGGCUAUGAACGCAGCUGCGGGCGGCAUGAACAACGUUCAGGCCAACUACCCGGUCCCGCAUGAUGGCAACUUCCAAACUCCACCUCAACCUGGCGUGCCAAAUGGCAACCCGGCAAUGCAGGUUCCUCAGAACCAAGGCUUUUCACCGAUGAUGCGGGUUCCCCAGGCCAAUCAACAGAACAGGGUCAACGUCAACAGCUCGCCAGCCAUGAACAGCGCCGUUUCUCAAGCCAGCCGCAGCGCAACACCCCAAACACAACGCAGUGGCAGCGCACAAGCUGCGGCAAUGCAAGACUCCAACAAAAGCCCACACCCUCCAGCGGCCCAGAUAGCGCGUAGCUAA